UCCCGGCAUGCAACGGGCGAGCCUCAAGAUGGCUGCCUCUGUGCCGGGAAGUAUGGCGAGGCUCCCAUUGCGCGUGGGAUGGCAGGGUGUGGAAUGUUUACUGAAUGCUGCCCGCUUGGCUCCAUCCUCUCUUGUGGUCCCAGUGAGAACAAAGAGGCGGCAUUUCAUCCCCCCUGCUGUCAAUGCAAAGUACACAACUCCAGAAGAGCAGAUGAAGCAUGCCAGGGCUGCAGGGUUUGUGGUACCUCAUGAGCGGUUGAUACGCCCCAUGAAUAUUUCCUGCACAGCUGGGAUCUUUGAUCCGUAUAUUCCUCCAGAAGGAGAUGCCCGCGUGUCGUCUUUGUCAAAGGAAGGGCUGAAGCAAAGGACAGAGCAGGUCAAGCAGACUGCAGUUUCACAGCUAGCGAUCCGAAAGAUCAAAAAUCAUGAUCCUGACUUCAGCACAAAAACCUUUCCAGAAAAAGCCCAGAACAUCUUUAUUGAAGCUCACAAUAACUUGACCAACUUUAACAAACAGAAGCUUCACUCCUUAGUGACUGAACGCUGUUACCCGGAAAUGGUCCGAGGAAACAGAUACAAGACCAUCCGGUGGAGUUUUCUGGAGUCUCUGGAGCCUCCUAGGGUGGUUCAGGUGCGAUGUCCCGAUAUGGUGAGCAAAACCAACCUGUAUGGACAAGUGACGGUUCGAAUGCACACACGGCAGAGUCUAGCUAUCUAUGACCGGUUUGGGAGGCUGAUGCAUGGAGGAGAGCAGAUACCAAAGGACGUCCUGGAAUAUGUUGUGUUUGAGAGGCAUCUGCCCAACCCCUACAGUCCAUGGAGAUUACACGGCAAGAUUGUUCCUGCUUGGGCUCCUCCAAAGGACCCGAUUCUUAAGACUGUUAUGAUUCCAGGACCAAUGCUGGAUCCCUCGCAAGAAUACGAGGAAAUGGAUAUUCCCCAACAGGCACCAGCCCCACAGACUCAGUGGUACAAAUAAUACCAAAAGGAAGAUCCGCGGGGAGCAGAAUUUGAUAUUGCCAGGCAAGGAGUUCAUUGUUGAAACGAGCCCUGUCAGCCUUUAGAGGCCUCUUACAUUUCAUGUCUCUGUUGCAGUACUUUCCACAUGCAUAAUAUGGGCAGACGUUUGUUCUUGAGAACUUGCAACAAGCUGUUCAAAGGUGCACUUGGAGCAUUCAGGAAACUGCUGUAUAUCUCUCCUGUUUUCCGCAUCAGGCCGGCUGCUGUAUGUCUUCAAAAACUGGCCUGCAAUGGCCUGUUUACUUGUUGUUCAAUUAAAUUAAUAGAU